AAUGCUAAUUAUUAGAAAGACAGAAAACAGAGUCAUGUGUCAGUUUGUGGUUUGCGAGCAUGUGACUUCCUGGGGUUUCUGCACUUUGCCAGUCAGAUGUAUGCAGAUGAAAGGGAGCUAUGCAUCACCACUCUCUCAUACCACCAUGGGCAGCACAGCAGAGGAGCUAUACGACAUUGAUGACAGUACCUACAAUGGCUAUGACUAUAUCAACGGUACAGAGCUCCCAGGAUUAGAGGACACAGUGGACCACCAGCUACUCUCUUUGUCCCACGUCUACCUGCCCAUACUGUACUUCAUCAUAUUUUUUGCAGGCGUCUUAGGGAACCUGUUUGUGCUUGUUGUCAUUGUUAGCAGACACAAGAGGAGAGGCCGUCUAGUAGACACAUUCAUGCUCAACCUGGCACUGGCAGACCUAGUGUUUGUCUUCACCUUGCCUUUAUGGGCCGUCUCUGCCAGGCAGCAUGACCAGUGGCCUUUUGGGAACCUGCUGUGUAAACUCAGCAGCUACAUCAUCGCUGUCAAUCGCUUCUCCAACAUCUCCUUCCUCACGUGCAUGAGCAUUGACCGCUACCUGGCCAUCGUACGUCUGAUGGAGUCGCACCUACUGCGUAGCAGCAGGUGUGUGCACUUCACCUGUGGGGUGGUGUGGGCAGCAUCUCUAGUCCUGGGCAUACCUUCGCUGGUCUUCCGCAGGCUGAUGAUGCAUGGAGACAGCAGCUCCUGUCUGGAGGAUCUCAAUUCCUCCUUCUUCCAAGUUAUGGUGCUUCUGUCUGUGGUCCUCACCUUCAUAUUUCCUGUGCUGGUUAUUGUGCUGUGUUAUGGGUCGAUCAUUGUAAAACUACAUGAGCACAGUGCCACCAGCAACCUACGGACCAACGCACGCCAUCGCCACUCUCUCAAAACAGUCUGUACCAUCAUUACAGUCUUCCUGGUGUCUUGGCUGCCCUUUAAUGUGUUCAAAAGCAUCCAGGUGAUCUCCAAAAUAAGCAAUACAGAGCUGGAUGAAGAUCUCGAAAGGUAUUUGAGUAGAGGGCUCAUCAUCUCCUCCUGUCUGGCCUUUGUCAACAGCUGUGUGAAUCCAGCGAUUUACCUCUUUCUGGACAAGCAUUUCAGACACAGUGCAACUGUACUCUGUCUUUCCUGGCUGGGUCAAGGAGAUAUACAGCAGAGCUACUUCUCCUCCAAUUCUGUCUCCACCUCGGAGAGUGUGGGCAGCACGGCAAGCCAUGGAUGCCUUUUCUCUCUUACUUCAACGAACUGAACUCUUUCAGCCACAUCUGUGCAUGUAGUAUGGCAAUAAAUGCUUAGGCUUAUUAUUAUGGCUUCUGUAAAUAUAUUGAUGUCAAAGCUAUCAUUAUAAUAAGAAUGCAUUAAAUGUCAAAAGCAUUUCUUGUAUAAUUAGUAUUAUUUAAAACCAUGACAUUUAUAAAUUCCUGUUUUCUUGUAACACUUCGCAUAUACUUUUCAGAUUUUAUUCAAACUGGGCUGUAUGAUGCAUUGUGAGUCAAAUUAUUAUAAUUAAUAUAAUGAUUUGUUUACCCCAUUUUUAAUACCAAAACAUAGAUUUUCACAUGCCUUUUGUAGCAUUUAAAUGCUCUUCUAUGUGACUCUUGUGUUUAAAGUUUUGGAUUAUAGAUAGUUCUACAGUUUUCUCCCUUAGUGCUUUGGAAGACAUGUUCUCCCUCUUUGUUAUGCCAAUAUCCCCUGAAUGUAUCUUUAAUAAACUUACAAUA